GAUAUAUAUAAAGGGCGCGCCUGUGAGCGUAGUCUAGUCGAAGCCAUGAUCCCUAGGACUCUCAGCAGGAGUUUGUCGGAAGCCCCAGUCCGCCACGCCAACCAGACAGGAUGAGGGUCACAGGCUUCGUUCCCGCGCUGCUCGCGCUGAGCGGCCUCGCCAGCGCCCGGUCCUUCCGCCGCGACGUCGACGGCGCGGCCGGCAACGAGACGGCCAUCACGGCCAAGAAGUUCAUCGUCGAGCUCGACCAGGGCUCCGACAAGGACGGCGUCAUCCGCGACAUCGAGUCAAGGCCCGGCUGCCGCGUCACCAAGGUCUUCGACUCAGCCGUGUUCAAGGGCAUCUCGGUCGAGACCGACAGCCUCAACACCGACUCCCUGCAGGCCCUGGCUGCCGUCGUGCGUGCCUGGCACGCCACCCGCAUCGAGCUGCCGCCCGUGGUCGAGGGCAGGAGCUUCAGCGACGACGCGGCCGCGCCCGACUACUUCAUCCACGACAUGACGGGCGUAGACCGGCUGCACAAGCAGGGCAUCUUCGGCAAGGGUGCCAAGGUCGCCGUCGUCGACACGGGCGUCGACUACAACCACCGCAACCUCGGUGGCUGCUUUGGCGAGGGCUGCAAGGUUGCCCGCGGAUACGACUUUGUCGGCGACAACACCAACUGGCCGUUCCCUGGCAACGCUAAGAUCCCGGACGCAGAUCCCAUGGACCAACAGGGCCACGGCACCCACGUUGCCGGCAUCAUCGCGGGCAAGAGCGACAACCUGCAAGGUGUCGCUCCCGAGGCCACUCUGCAUGCUUACAAGAUCUUUGCCAAUGGCGGCACGGACGAGGAGACCAUCAUCGAGGCUUUUCUCAAGGCAUACGAGGACGGUGUCGACGUUAUUUCCGCCAGCGUGGGCAGUGCUGGUGGCUGGGCCGAGACGGCGUGGGGGGAGGUAUCGCGGCGCAUCGUUGACGAGGGCAUUGUCGUCGUCAUCGCUGCCGGAAACGACGGAAACCUGGGCCCUUGGCAGAUGAGCUCAGGCGCGUCGUCCCCAGACGUGGUCUCGGUCGCAUCUAUCGACUCUACCAUGGCUCGCGGGCGCCCCUGGGCGGCCACCUUCAACCUCGAUGGCCACUCCAACCGCACCGUGCUGGGGUACCGCGCCGACUUUAGGCUGUUUCCUUCGACCGUCGUCGGCGUCCCGAUUGUGCCCAUCACGCUCAACUCGAGCGUGGAGAACGACGCCUGCCAGCCCUUCCCCGAGAGCCUGAACCUGACGGGAGUCAUCCCGCUGAUCCGGCUCGGCGGUUGCCAGGACUCGGUCAAGGAGGGCCACGCAAACCAGCGCGGUGCAAAACAUAUCCUCAUGUACAUGGAGGACGGCAAAAUUGCGAGCUUCUCCACUGUCGGCUGGUCGCAGAGCGACAAGGCCAUGAUCACCAACACGGCCGGCAAGGCCAUCAUCGACACCAUCCUGGCGGGCGGCAACGUCACGGCCGACUUCUCGCUGGACGCCAGUAACGGCUACGUCGGCAUGUACAGCGCGACCGGCGGCAAGCCCUCGCAGUUCACAUCGUGGGGUCCCACCUACGACAUGUCGCUCAAGCCCGACAUCGCCGCCCCGGGCGGUAACAUCCUGUCCACGUACCCGGGCAACCGCUUCGCCGAGGCCAGCGGAACCAGCAUGGCGACGCCCUACAUCUCGGGCAUCGCCGCGCUCUACAUCGGCAAGUUCGGCGGCCGCAGCGUCCACGGGCGCGGCUUCGCGCGGGCGCUGCAGGCGCGCAUCAUGAACUCGGGCCGGUCGGUCGAGUACACCGACGCCAACAACAAGAACUUUGGCUUCUUCGCGCCGCCCCUCCAGGUCGGCACGGGCCUGAUCGACGCCGUGGCCGUGCUGAACUACACGACCAGCAUGACGGCGCCCAAGUUCGCGCUCAACGACACGCGCCACUUUUCGCGCUACCACAGCGUCGACAUCACCAACAACGGCCCCGCCGAGGUCGAGUACCGCUUCGCCGUCCAGGACGCCGCCGGGUUCGAGACGCAGUGGGUCGAGGCGACCGACGCGCAGUUCGCGCCGCGCAUCAAGGACAUCGACGAGCUAGUGCCCAUCCGGCUCCGGCCCGAGGUCAGCCUGCCGCAGGGCCGCUUCGUCGUGGCGCCGGGGCAGACGAAGCGGGCGCAGUUCAACUUCCAGCCGCUCGAGGGCCUCAACGAGGCCCGCCUGCCAGUGUACAGCGGCAAGGUGCUCAUCAGCGGCAGCAACGGCGACGAGCUCUCGGUGCCCUACGCCGGCGUCGCCGCUGACCUCAAGCGCAAUAUCCCCGACAUGUACUACACGCAGAACAACUACCCGCGGAUCGUGUCGGGGCUCACAAACGCGCCGCUCGCCAACCGCAGCGCGUGGACCUUCAACACGUCGCUGGCCAGCCAGGACUUCCCCAAGAUGCGCGCCAUCCUGCGCUACGGCACGCGCGAGCUGCGCUGGGACCUGUUCGAGCCCGACUUCAAGGAGCGCGAGUGGUCGUACCCGCCCGUGGCCGGCCAGGCCAAGUUCGUCGGCUCGGCCACCAGCUUCGACUACCGCACCAGCCCACCGGGCAACGUAAUCGACCCGGACCAGGUCGACGUCAACAACACGUGGGCCUUCCCCGUCCACAACCUCCCGCGCGACGUGCCGUUCCAGGGCAUCUGGCUUGGCAAGCUGGCCGACGGGUCGAGGAUCAGGCCGGGCAGGUAUGCCAUGCGCAUCGCGGCGCUGCUGCCGUUUGGGAACCCGCGCGCCUCGGACAACUGGCACGUGUGGACGACGCCCAUCAUCGAGGUCGUGUAGGCUGAUUUUAGGUGCUGUUAGUCUGGUGCUGUUGCUCAGAUACUUAGCUAGGUAGUUCGUACUUGAAGAGUAAUGAAAUAAUGUCGAGUAUAGUUUACGCUACAAACCUCAGGAUCAAGUUUCCCCG